AUGGCAUGCUUACUCGAUACCAGCAGUAGCCCAAGCCAGGAGAAAGGCUGUAAACCGUUGAUGUGUGCAGAAGAGGCCGGCGACAUCGACACGCUUACAACGCUUCUUACUGACGGUUGCGACAUCGACAUCGACAUCGACGCACGCAAAUACGACGGCUGCAGGUCGUUGGCACUAGCUGCCAAAAAGGGACAUAGCACUGUGGUAGAGCGACUGCUUGAACACGACGCCAACCCCAACUUGAGCGACCUCGACUACGUCACACCCACUAAGCUGUCAGAUGACAAGCCGCGGCCUUCAUACCUCCACGAGCAUGGAAUGGACACGCCCCUCUCCAUUGCGAUCAAGGAGGUCCAUCAAGAAACAGCCGAGCUACUUUCACGCGCAGAUUGCAUCAACCCAUGCCUAACAGCUUAUCUAUCCAUGCAACGUUACAGGGAAAAAGUCAGCAUAUUCAGCCUCGCUAUUCGUGGUAAAUUCGAAAACGUGGCGUUAUCUGUGCUGGAUAAAUGCGAUACUGCUCACGACUCACAAGAUGCUGACAACAAUGGUACCAGGGACACUGUUGAGCCUGCAUCGAAGCUCCUGGUUUUCGCUGUGGCAGCUGGAUGCUCUAGUAUUGUUCAAGAGCUUUUGACCAAACACGACACUGAUGUUAACGCGGUUCAUGUAUACUACGUAGGAGAAGCACUAGGCUGGGUUGUAGACAGCUCACUAAUGGCGGCGUCCAGGCACGCCGAUCUGGGCACUGUCCGUUUGUUGCUAGAUAUGGACGAGACCAGAUCGGGCGUCAGUUCGAAGCAUAGCGGUACGGCUAACACCGCUUCUGCCCAGGGACGAUUCGCUGAUGUUGUCAAGACUCUUAUUGCUGAUGACAGGUUCGAAGUUGACUGUGAAAGUGGUGCUGGGCGCAAUGCACUUUCAUUUCCGGCCGAGAGCGGCUCCGAGGCUGUGGUGGACGAACUGCUAGCAACCGGAGCCGUCGAUCCGAACGGCCGAGAAUCCAGGGCUAGAACGCCGCUUAUAUGGGCCGCAAAUUCGGGGAGAGGAUACGGUCCUGGUGGUCGGCAGUCACAUGAGAGCGUGACCCGCAGGUUGCUGGCCAAUAGACAAACUGCUGUUAAUGCUAGGGACUCACAGGGCCGCACGACGCUAUGGUACGCGGCUAAUAGUUGCGCUGUAGGGCUCGUCAUGGCUCUUCUAGAGCAUCCUCAGAUUGACUCGGCGGCUGGGCCUGGGCACAACUCGCCUUUGGCAGCAGCUUUGUUUGGCCAUGCGGAUGUGGUUCAGGCACUGCUAAGUAAAGGGCGGGUCGACGUUAACAGCGUCGUAAUUCAGGUGAAUAAAAGAACAACGCUCAUAGACGUGGCCCAGUACGCUCGAGUUCUACUAUCCUUCCCCGGUAUCGAUGCGAACUCCCAGGACGAUUAUGGUUUGACAGCAUUGAUGCUGGCUACUUUUCAAGGCACAAUGGGAAUGGUCAAGCUUGUUUUGACAUCUGGAGGAUCGCAGGAGAAACACUGCUCUGAGCUACGCAAGAAAUUCGAGAUAAUGAGCGCGAUUCUCGACCACUCAGGGAUCAAGCUUAGUCUCCCUAACAAAGAGGGCCGGACGGCACUUUCUCUCGUUGCAGGGAUGGUAAAAUCGAAAGUGCCAAUGCGCUACUCGCACGGGACGACGUUGACCCAAAUGCGCGGGAUACCCAUGGACGAGGCUCGCUUUUGUGGAUUUUCGGGAAGAAUGGUAUUUAGGAUACUGCUAAGAAUUCCAGACGUUGAUCAUAAUGUCGAGGAGCAUGAUGGCUUUACAGCUUUGCUUCUAGCCAUUACGUCUCACCAAGGUCGUGAGUAUGUCGAGAUUCUCCUCUCACGGUCAGAUCUUGACGUGAAUCGACCACAAGUUGGGGGCCUUGGCAGCCCAUUGGACACUGCCAAACAAAUAGGGAAUAUGGAAACUAUAGCGCUUUCGCAUACGAGAGGCGCCAGUGAGUCGGUCAAAUCUACGAGACCUCAUUCUCUUGAGGCGAACCUUGUCGUUGAGGAAGGCAUCUGGCCUGACGCACACUCUAUAUUUGAGGAGGUUCGACUACAGCGGCGAGAACGACAGCGUACAUGCCCGUCAUCAUCUCAAGAAAGUGAGAUUUCUAGCGAUGAGUCCGACUUUUACUACCAACCUAGCAUCACAGGAAGUCUACUUGAUACACUACAGAAAACUCUCCUCAAGGAGUGCCACUUAUAUCUGGAGGAGCAGCAGGAAUAUAUCGACGAGUGGGUAGAUAGCACAACCGGCAUGUGCUCGUCAUGUUUCGCUAUCGACCUCGGUUCUGCCUGCCUCUCUGGCGGAUUUUGUGAAUGA